AUGAUCGGAAAACUUACCUUGUUAUUCGUUUUUUUGGCCGCACUUUCCAUGGUCAAUGCUUUUCCAUAUCAUCAUUUUACUAAAAGGGCUGCUAAGUUUGGACAAUGUCCGCCUCCAUUUCAGCCACCACCAAUUACUGCAGUAAUCAGUGAUGUAUCGAUUAGCCCUGAUCCUCCAAAAGCUGGUUCUGAGCUCAAAGUUACUGGUUCAGCAACGACUAAUGUUGAUAUUACUAAAGAUGAUUUCUUCGGCUUUGUAAUUUUGGAUAUAACAAGUCCAGCAACUCCUGUUCCUGUAUUCGCCGGCAAGCCUGUAGAUAUUUGCAAGAAGACUACAUGUCCAACAAAAACGUUUAAUUUUAACGAAGUCUAUGAUUUAUCAAGCCUAAAAUCGUUACCAGCAACAUACAUAGUUGGAGUUGCAAUUGGACCUAUCACAAAUGAUACAUCCUUAGUACUAGCUUGUGGAGAAGCUACCUUCCCAUAA